GGAUCAAAACAUCAUAAGAUAUACAUUCAAAAGUCAAGAAUAAAUCGUAACUAAAAUAUCUGACGGUGAUAUAUAAGUCAUCACUUGAGUGAAUCAUCGAAACUUUACGUCAAAUGAUACAAAUAAAUCAUACAAAUGUGUGAAAUGGGUUUAAAAGUUAUAAUAUUUUUCCAUGAUAUUUUCGUAAAUACAAAUAUUUCUUACCAUAUGUAACAGAUUUUAAAGGCCGUGUACUUGUGAAUGAUCAGACUCGAUUCUUAUUUGUAUUUGGUCACCAUAAACAAAUGGACUCGACUAAGUAAAAUAUAUUUUCAUAUUAAAUGCAAUCUAAUAUUUUUCCUAUCAAAAAUGGUCAACAAUUUUGCGAAUAUCUAACACUCAAUUCGCAUCUCCGUGUUAGGAAUGAAAUAUCAAUCGAUUUGGUUAUUUUCAAUCCGACCCGACCCGACCCGACCCAGCCCGAAUCUUUACCCGAAACAAGGGGAUCAAGUAAGAAACACGUGUCCGCUUUAGAUGUGAGAAUCUAAAGCUGAGCUGUAUAAAUUACUUGUCUCUGUCGUCGCCACUUCUCUACAAACCCUAAGAGACCGCCAAAAAAAACAACACACACUCUCUCUCUCUCUCUCUCUCUCGAUAUCGACGGUAAAUGGCGUCGGGUUGCGUUAAAAAUGUGGGUACUUCACCGAGUCACUCAUGGACGAGCUCCAAAAUGUCAUUGACCCGUGAAUCUCAACCGUUGGCUCCACAGUUGGAAAACGAAGAUCCUGUUGACAACUUUGAGUUUCUUCUCGAAGAUCCCGUCACAAUGCUAUCCGCCGACGAGCUUUUCUCCGACGGAAAGCUAGUCCCGCUUAAGUUUUCCGCCGUGACUAAUCCGGAAGAGAAGCCUAUGACGUCGGUGGUUCAUACGGCGGUGAAACCAUGCCGAAGAUUGGAAAUGAAGAUCUCCGGCGUCGUCGAUCCUUAUCUCUUCUCUCCGAGAGCUCCUCGUUGCACCGUGAGAUGGCGUGAGCUUUUAGGUCUAAAGAGACUCGCCAAAACACAAGAAGAAGCGUCAGCGUCGUCCUCAUCGCGUUUGUCUUCUUCUUCUCCAAACCCCAAAACGGCAUCGUUUAGGCAUUUUCUCAACCGGAGUUCUAAAUCCACCGCUCAACCACCGUCUCACCCGCCGCCGGGAAAAGACUCAGACAUCUUGGAAUCGUCGUCAACGUCGAUCUCCUCUUCACGUCUCUCUCUCUCGUCGUCUUCUUCCUCCGGUCACGAGCUAGACGACCUUCCAAGACUAUCUUUAGAUCUCGACAACAAACCCGGAACACCAAACCCGUUCGCUCGGUCACGUGCUCACCACCACCACCAUCUGCGUAACCAGAACCAACAAAGAAAGCCACGACGUAACGCACCGGCUGAUGAAUUGACAGAGAGUAGUAUUGAGACAAGGGCAAUGACGGUGACGGCGGAUAGUCCUAGACUCAAUGCUUCAGGGAAGAUCGUGUUUCAUGGACUGGAGAGAAGCUCAAGCAGUCCCGGUAACUUCACCGGAGGACCAAGAAUGAAGCUUCACCAUGGAAUGCCGAGAUCUCACUCCGCAAAUGUCAGAAUCACUCCUGUUCUCAAUGUCCCUGUCUCUUCUCUCCGUAGCGGACCCAAAUCAGGUCUCUUCUUCGGCCAGCUUUUCGCUUCUUCGUCUUCUUCUUCUUCGUCGUCGUCAUUGGCUUCGUCGUCUGGAAACAGAGCACAGUUGCAGAGCAAUAACAUCAAGAACCGUACCAAUCGAAGCAGACUUGAACCGACAAGCGAACUCUAAGAACCGAACCGGAUACUAAUUGUACCGACUUUAUUAGGGGGUAAAAUUUUCGCUUUGGGGUUGUUUCGUUAGAUGAGAUUAGAUGUGGGUCCAGAAUGUAAAUAAGGUGAAGUAUUUGAUUUUCCUUGAGGUUCUUCGAAGAGCAGCGGGUCGUUCGAUAACAAAGUCAGUCAUUAAUAUUACUGUAGCAAGAGUGAGAAGUGGUUCCCAUGUUCAGAGAUUGAUUCCGAAGAUAUUAAUAAUAUAAACAAGUUUUGACUCAUUAGCACAGUGUACUUUUAUCAUUUGUAUUUACACUUUUGGGAGCGACAGCUUUUGUUCCUCUUUUAUUUUAGUUCUCUACGAGAAAUAAAAUAUUAAGUAAUGAUUUUGCAUGUUAGAGACAAAUCCAAAAUGCAAAUCCUCUCCGUAUCAACUUAAGUGUAAUAAUUUGAUGAUAAA